AUGCAGACUCCUCCCAACCGUAUAGGUAAGCUUCUAUUUUGCUCCAACAGCGGUGGAGAGUGGAUAUCCUCUAGCUGUUCGAGUUUGACAAUGAAGACGCUUUGUUCUGCUGUCGCUCUUCUUUUCCUUCAUCAGGGUUUCUUCUCUUCGGCUAUUGCUAUGCAGAUGGGCAACACGUCUAGCUGGAUGUACUUCGGUGCUGGACUCGAGGAAGUAACUGUCACAGACGGGCAAAUGCGUUUAGCUGCUGUGUGUAACGACAGUCAUGGUGCACAAAAUGGUGAGUGUUGCUCGAUAUCUGACUACAUUCCGAUUAAUUCAACGAAGAGUUAUAAAUUUAGCAUCUACAUCAAAUCGACGGCAACCGACAUGGUAAACUCAUUUGGUUUCUACGUCUACAAUGAGAAGAAAGAAAACAUAUCGACAAUUAAUCAAUAUUUUAAACAUAGUGGUAACGAUUCAAAUGUGUGGACCAAAUGGACGGGCUACAUACUUUCUCUCCACAUGUCUGACUCAAACAAUGACAGCCAACCGGAUUCUCAGUUUGACGAGACAAAUGGAGUAGAUUGGAAGUGGCCACGUGAUGCUAAAUAUGUUGCCUUGCGAUUUGGAUCGUGCAGUAGUGACAGUCAAACCUCAAAGACUGUCAUCAUACGUAGGAACAUCAUUCCUAUGGAAAAUAGUCCUGAGCCAACCCAUUUUAUACAUCCGGCUACCGAAAGUGUACAUGUUGACCCUGGGACAGAAAACGAAGAUGUUGAGUAUACCAGCAGCGAUACCCAAUCUUAUCUUACUGACAGUCUUUAUGACAUACUUUCUGCUACAGUUGAAAGUAACAUUGUACCCAUAACUGGUCCUCCUACAGCAGCUCCUACUGCAGCUUCUCCUGCAGCUUCUCCUGCAGCUUUUACUGCAGCUCCACCUUCAGCUUCUACUGCAGCUUUUACUGCAGCUUUUACUGCAGCUUCUGCUGCAGCUCCUACUGCAGCUUCUACUGCUCCUAUUGCAGCUCCUACUGCUGCUUCUACUGCAGCUUUUACUGCAGCUUCUGCUGCAGCUCCUACUGCAGCUUCUACUGCCGCUCCUACUGCAGCUUUUACUGCAGCUCCACCUGCAGCUUCUACUGCAGCUUUUACUGCAGCUUUUACUGCAGCUUCUGCUGCAGCUCCUACUGCAGCUUCUACUGCUCCUAUUGCAGCUCCUACUGCUGCUUCUACUGCAGCUUUUACUGCAGCUUCUGCUGCAGCUCCUACUGCAGCUUCUACUGCCGCUCCUACUGCAGCUUCUACUGCAGCUUCUAUUGCAGCUCCUACUGCUGCUUCUACUGCAGCUCCUACGGCAGCUUCUACUACAGUUUCUAUUGCAGCUUCUACUGCAGCUUCUACUGCAGCUUUUACUGCAGCUCCUACUGCAGCUUCUAUUGCAGUUUCUAUUGCAGCUUCUACUGCAGUUCCCAUUGCAACUUCUACUGCAGCUCCUACUGCGGCUUCUACUGCAGCUCCUAUGGCAACUUCUACUGCAGCUCCUACUGUAGCUUCUACUGCAGCUCUUACUGCAGCUUCUACUGCAGCUUCUACUGCAGCUUCUACUGCGGCUCCUACUGCAGCUGCUAAUGCGGCUCCUACUGCAGCUUCUACUGCAGCUUCUAUAGCAGCUCCUACUGCUGCUUCUACUGCAGCUCCUACGGCAGCUUCUACUACAGUUUCUACUGCAGUUUCUAUUGCAGCUUCUACUGCAGCUUCUACUGCAGCGUCUACUGCAGCUCCUAUUGCAACUUCUACUGCAUCUCUUACUGCAGCUUCUACUGCAGCUCCUACUGCAGCUUUUACUGCAGCUCCUGUUGCAACUUCUACUGCGGCUCCUACUGCGGCUCCUACUGCGGCUCCUACUGCGGCUCCUACUGCGGCUCCUACUGCGGCUCCUACUGCGGCUCCUACUGCGGCUCCUACUGUAGCUCUUACUGCAGCUCUUACUGCAGCUUCUACUGCAGCUCCUACUGCAGUUUCUACUGCAGAUUCUACUGCACCUCUUUCUGUAGCUACUACUGCAGCACAUACUACAGCACCUACUGCAGCUCCUACUGCAGCUCUUACUGCAGCUCCUAGUGCAGCACUUUUUGCAGCUCCUACUGCGUCUUCUACUGCGCCUUCUACUGCACUUCCUAUUACAUCUUCGUCAGCUGUAAACAAAAUGUGGUACUGGAAUCUCAGCUUUCACGAAUUCGAAACUCCACUGACGUUUAACAUAUUGGACUUUCGUGAAUGGGAAUCGAAACCAAACUACACUGGAAUAGCUAAUGUAACCGCACAAAAUACUCCCAUAGCCAAGAUGGUUGCGGGAAAAAAGAAACAAUGUUAUUAUCCGUGGGGCAUUACACGUCGUUUUGAGAUUAAUUUAAACAAAUCAUAUAAGUUCAGUGUUUGGAUCUCGAGCACACAAACUGAUCUUCACAACUUUCUUGGUUUCCAAGCGUAUGACAAAAACGGAAAUCUUCUGACCUUCCCGUUACUUGAAAGUGACUAUCUGCAGUAUUAUUCCAAAGUCGCAACCAAACCGUAUUUCAAAUGAAGCAAAAACGAUGUAGAAGAGUGGACAAGAUGGAAUGGAUUUGUACUCCCACACAAACCUGAUAACAGUAGUAAAGAACGAAACUGGAAGUGGCCACAAAAUGCCAAAUAUGCGCAGUUGAGGUUUGGCACUUGCUAUGGCGACGGAAACGACCAAGGAAUCACUUAUUUUGCUCUUCCUCAAGUGCUGCAGACUGAUCUCUAGCCAUGAAAUAAUAGACUUAUGCCAUGUAAUUUGUGUUUUUUAAACAAACUAUACCAGAAAGAAAUAGUUGUUAUAGCGUUGCCAUGGCAAGACUUUUGUACUAAUUUAAGUUAAAAGACUUUCACUUUGAUUCCUAGUCGCUUAGAGUGCACGGAACGUGGUAAAGUUUUCAAACCAAAACAAAUAUAGAAUUGUGUAAUCAUACAACUUUGCUGUCAAAGUAAUUUGUAAUUUGUUAGAUUAGUUGAAGUUAGUUAGCUGAACUUGUAGAUAUAUAGGAAGUAUUCAAAACUUUG